GGUUGAUGUUGGGAYGUGCUGACURUUCUGAGUGAAUGUGGGUUCAUUUCCUCCGUGUGUUUCAGGGAAUGGCUUCACACGGACGAGGCCGCUCCGCUGGUGGUUCCGCCCCGCAYGGAGAGGAGCGUCGAGGGACGACGUCGUCGCCGGCAAGGGAAACGAGUCGRGGAGUUGGAGGUGGGGAGGAAGAACGACGUGCUCAAAACUUGUGGUGCGACUACARCAAACGUGUCUGGUAUUUGGACUGGGCGAGCCAGGACGGCUCAGACCCGUUGCAACCACCGUGCGAGCCGCUCUUGUUCGUCGCCGUUCGCAACGACAGAACGCGUCUCGCAGGGUCCAUCGUCCGGUGGGUCGACGAUGGCAAAUACAAUUUCAAGUUUACGUUGAAGAAACAUUACAGAAGUGAUGGUUCUGUCGACGACAUCGCAAAGGGAUGCAAGGUUGCCGGGAAGAUGCUCGGCGGGUACGGCCGUCGUGCGAUGUCUUUGCCUCACUUUCUCCCACUAGCGCCGGGGCAAGACGAGGCCGAUCACGUCACAGACUUCCUCGAGGUCUGGGCAAAAUCUGGUACCUCUGUCAGUGCCGUGGACGUCGGACCUGGAACAUCGAUCAGUGGUCCUGUUGGGUUCGCGGGAGGAGAGUGCUCUGAAAGGGAGAUGGGAGGUCAGGGUGGCCUGCCAGCUACGCCUCCUGAACAAGAGGUGGGCAUGUCAGACGACUCGGAGGACGACCAUCGCCGUGCUCCUUUGAAAACGGGCUUGCAUGUAUCUCGCCGCCACGGUUUGCUUGGGGAGUCGACGCCACAUGGAGGUGGCGAUGGCGAACGGUUGCGACAGGGCUCAAAAUCGACGACUCCUCGUUGUCUGGUCGAAAGGAUCGGUUCGUUCGUUCGUGGCAUGCAGAUGGCCGAGGUUUCGCCUGGAGAUCGAGCGGGUGGUGCGCAGGUUCGAGAGCAUAACGCGAGGGCGGCGAUGAUGGUGAAAGACCAUCCCGUGUUUGAUUACUACAACUUCUGUAAAUGGCCGUUCAGACCGAUCUACUUCCCUGACGACAAGUUCGACGGCUACGCCCAUGUCAGUUGCGAAGACAACAUGAAAGACAAGAAGAAUCCACCGUGCUUGCAGGUUUUAUCUAUGCGGGACAUUCGCAAUAUCUGGAAAAUGAAGGGCAAACCGCGUGUGGUGCUCGACAAUGCCUCGAAGAAACAAGACGAGGUGCGAAAGUGGGUGCGGUUCAUGGCGUUGGCAAUGAAGAAGACGCCGUACACGCCUAUCUGGAACCAGUCAACGGAAGCAAAGAAAAGAAAGGAAUGGGCUGAGAAACUUCGAUACUACCUCCCGCUGGCCAUGGCAGAUGACUCCGUCUUCGCUUUGGGGUUGAAGUUCUAUAAGGAGUGGUCGAAAGGGAAACUCCUUGCUUCCAACGGCCGGCGUUGGACUGAAAAGCCGCCCACCCAUGAGGAGGUGGCCAAGCGAGGACUCUCCACUGUGACUGACAGCCAGGGGCUGAAGAAACACGUCUGGUACGUGAAGGUGGACGACCCGUCGUUGAAAAAGAGCAGGGUGAAGCCAAAGAAAGGCGCGGAGGAGAAAACUUUCUACGUCCAAGUUCCAGAGCCGGAUGUCCACUGCUGGACGGAAUUGGUGGACUUGACGGACCACGAGAAGAAAAGGUUGUUGAAUGGCGUCUUGAACCUUAACGUCGUGUGGGUUCAAACGAGUAGCAAAAAGUUGGUCGAGCAGGGGAAGUUUAGUGUCAAGGAGAUGGUCAACAUAAUAAAAAUGGACCAGAUUAUGCUGAGGCUGUGGCACUACGUGGAGUUAGAGUACAAGGAAAUGGAUAAGCGGGAGUGGAAUGCCAACUCCACGUUCUUCAGGUCCAAGAAGCAACUGUUCGAAGAGUUCAAGGACAGAGGUCUCGACGACAAGCUUUGGAACGAGAGCAGGAAAUUUUUCACGGACACCACAUACGUCAACAAGUGCCCUCAGUUUCUCGGGUGUUAACACGACAACAACAUCAAGUGAACGGCGGCCCUCGUCAACGACUAGCAUUUCCC